AUGGCGCCGGCGAGUUCUAGUCGCUGUCCUCUGGCGGACGGUGCUGAAACGGAGAGCGGUCUGGGGCCGGAGCGCCACCAAAAACUGGCCUACCUCUACCAUCAACACCAUGUGGUCAACAAAGUCAACGUCUGCAUCAAGUACACAAUGAUACUGUUCAACUUCAUGUUCACCGUCCUGGGCUCUCUGAUACUGGGGAUUGGGAUCUGGGGACUCAUUGACAAGGAAUCUCUGGACUUGGAUAACAUCAACAAUCUCAGUACAGACCCCAUGCUGGCUUUCGUGAUCGUGGGACUAAUGGUUGGCACCAUGUCCUUCUCGGGAUGUGUUGGGGCGCUGAGAGAGAACCAAUGCUUGCUGAAAUUCUUCACGGCGGGGAUUCUGAUAUUAGUGACCUUGGAGAUAAUCGGCGGGAUGGCGGUUUACGUCCUGAGAGAUAGGAUAGAACAGUACCUGGAGAAUGGAAUGAUUCUGGGUGUUAAGAGAUACCAGGAUGAUCUAGACCUUCGUUUUAUAAUAAACGAAAUCCAAAGAGGGUUAAAAUGCUGCGGGGUCGAGUCCUACCACGACUGGGAGCUCAACCUGUAUUUUAACUGUAGCUCCCCCGGCAUCCAUGCUUGUGGAGCUCCUGCUUCAUGUUGCAUCAACCCACAAGAGAACGGCACAGUCAUGAACUCUCAGUGUGGCUUUGGCACUUUACAUAUGGAGGAAGUGACAGCCCAGAAUUAUAUCUAUCUCCGAGGGUGCAUGUCACGUCUCACCAGCUGGCUAACUAGUAAUGCGGGCUCGAUUGGUGCUUUCGGAGUCGUUCUUAUGAUUGUUCAAGUACUUGGGCUCACUUUUGCAACAAAGAUACUGAGUGACAUCGAACUAAUCAAAGCACGUUGGUAG